AUGGACCCAAUCGUAAUUCCAGACGAGCCUCGUGGCCUUGACUCCUCGGAUCGAAAGUUCCCUCCAGAAUACGACGGUCACUUUGACCGAUUGCUGAUUACCCGAGAAGAAAUCAAAGACCGUGCCAACGCGUUGGCAGAUCUGAUCCAUAAGGAUUACAAAGGAAAGCGACCAGUACUUUUGUGCGUAUUGAAGGGUGCCAAUAACUUUUACAUGCACCUAUCGGAAGCGCUGCAAGAUUUGUGUCAGGGAUUCUAUACAGAAUUUCUUCGAGUUAGCUCCUAUGAUGGAUUGAAUUCGACUGGAAUGCUGGAAAUUGGCGGCGGUCUCAAAUACAAAGAUAUCGAGGGGAAGGAUGUCAUUUUGGUGGAGGAUAUUGUCGAUACAGGCCAUACUCUCUUCAAUCUAUUACCAGUGUUAAAAUCAGAAGCCAAGCCCUUGUCAGUGGAAUGCUGUACUCUGUUGUCCAAACGAUUGGACAAACCGGCCCAUUACAGUGCGAAAUAUGUUGGGUUCACGAUCCCUAAUCAUUUCGUCAUUGGAUUUGGAUUGGAUUACAACGAACUGUACCGUGAUUUGCAAGACAUCUGGGUCAUUUCUCAAAAGGGAAUUGAUUUUGAUCAAUCGACAAUGCACUAA